AAUCAAAGCUGCGUUAGUAUUCGAUGCAAGUAUGGCCGCCCUGCCGUCACCUACGCAGGUGGCUGGAAGCCACAGCGCCAUAUAUGAGGCCUAUUACCAUCAGGUGGACCCUAACGGGUAUGGACGUAUCGGAGCGAUGGAAGCUGCACGAUUUUUGAAAAAAUCCCAGCUGAGCGAUGUUGUCCUUAGCAAAAUCUGGGAUAUGGCGGAUCCACAAUCGCGCGGAUCAUUAGAUAAAUCCGGACUUUUCGUUGCGCUAAAACUUUGCGCCCUUGCUCAGGCAGGAAGUGACUUGAGCAUGGCAAAUCUCAAUAUUGAAACACUUCCACCAAAAAUGGGCGAAAUUCCAGUGAUACCCCAAAAACCAAAGCCUAUAUCUCCAGCGGUAAUAACAUCGAUGAGUAACGGGGACUGGUCGAUCAAACCAAGUGAACGAACAAAAUAUGAUCAGCUAUUUGACAGCUUGCAACCAGCUAAUGGAUACAUUCCAGGAAAUAAAGUGAAAGGUGUUCUUAUGGAUAGCAAACUACCUCUUGAUACUUUAGGAAAAAUUUGGGAUCUUGCCGACAUGGACAAAGACGGGAUGCUCGACAGGCAUGAAUUUGUCAUUGCUAUGCAUUUGGUCUACAAGGCACUUGAGAAAUAUGCUAUUCCCAAUGUGCUACCUCCAGAAUUAAUGCCACCAGGCAAAAGAAAAGACAUCAUGUCAGUUGCUAAAUCCCCGGUACCUCCAAUGGUUAGCGGACCACCGCCUAUUCCUCCCUUACCUACUGCACCUGCUCCCAGCAGUCUUGCCGGUCUAGAAUCUACAAAGCCACCAGCUGUUCAACACUGGGUCAUCUCAGCCGAAGAUCAAGCAGCUGCAGACAAACUCUUUGCGCAAGCGGACAUGGAUAUGGAUGGAUACGUAUCUGGGUCUGAGAUCAAAGAUGUAUUUCUACAGAGCGGCUUACCACAGACUGUUUUAGCUCAAAUUUGGGGUUUGUGCGAUAUUUGUCAAAGUGGUAAACUGAAUAAGGAACAAUUUGCUUUAUCGAUGUGGCUUAUUAAGCAACAACUAAGAGGCAAAGAGCCUCCUGCUACUCUAACACCUGAAAUGAUACCACCAUCUUUAAGAAAACUUACAGAAAACGUUGUGGAGAACAACAAUGUCUCCGGUUACUCUAACCCAGAGUUAGAUAUGAUAAGCAAAGAUAUUGCGGAUUUAGUACGAGAGAGGCACACAAUGGAGCAAGAUAUUGCACAGAAGGAAGCUGAUAUUAAGAUAAAAAAUGGAGAGAUUAAGAGCCUUCAAAGUGAGCUGGACACUUUGGCGGCAACUUUAAAACAGUUGGAAAACCAAAAAGGAGAGGCUCAAAAAAGGCUCAAUGAUUUAAAAGCACAGAGAGCUGAUGUAGAUAAAGAAUUGAGUGAGAUCGAGCACGAGAUUCGCGAGGAGCAAGACAAGGUAGAUAAACUUCGUCAGCAAGCGGAAGAACAAGAAUCCGUUUUACGCACGCAAGAAGAAGAGCUUAGUUCCAAAAGGCAGGAAUUAGAGGGUCUUAGAUUGGAAGAACAACAGCUUGAACAGCAACAAGUAAAGAGUAAAGAUCAGCUUAACGAAUUGACCAAAAACCUCCAGGAUACUCAGCUGCAAAUAAGUCAAGCAAAAGUAAAAAUCACUCAUCUGGAAGAACAGCAAAGGCAAAUGAGUGACGCUAUUGCGUUGUAUGAUUCAGCUCUGGCAGCUGGUGAUGCUAGUCUUGUCCCCGACACCACUCUGCGAUUUGAACCAGAAUUCCAAGAUCCUCAAUUCAAACUUGACGACGAUCAAAGUCCUGUAAAAGUGAACGGAUUUGAAGAUAAACACGCGGAUCCUUUCUCCAGUGCAAACGGACCAACCCAAUCAGGUAGUUUUAAUGGAGAUCCAUUCGCCUCGAAUAAAGCGAAGGAAGCUUUUAGUGCCCAAGGUGCUGAUCCGUUCGGAAAUUCAUUCAAUUCACAACCGUCGGCUGAACGAUUCCCGAGCGAUCUAUUCACCGCGUUUAAUAAUUCUGGUAACGAGAAACAGGAUCCGUUCGAUCCCUUCGGAGACGAAAAACGAAAUAAUUCCAAGUCACCUGCGACAGGAGGAGCGCAGGCCGUCAAGGAUCCCUUUGGUGACGAUCCGUUUGCAAAUCUGCACGCGCCGGCACGCCCGGAAAGUCCUAGUCCAGCUCUACCUCCUAAAAAAGCGAAACAACCUCCGCCAAGGCCAGCACCACCUAGACCUUCGCAGGGUCCUACUGCUGGACUUGGUGCAGGUCCAAUGCGCGCAGCACCUGCACCACCUACACCUUCGCCAACUCCAGACCCCUUUGUUAACGCGAAUUCUGACCCUUUUGCCGCACCAGUGGAAAAUAAUAACAACGAAGCUGCUUUUACUACUUCAACAUCUUCCAACGCAGGCUUUGCUGAUUUUGCCAAUUUCGAUGCAAAGCCAGAACCAGUUCCUAGUCGACUGGCACCGCCGAGACCAGCGAGCAGACCGCUGACAACAACAACAUCAGCGUCGGCACCUAAACUUCCAGACUUUACCGAAGAUCCAUUCCGAGACUACAGAUACGAGGAUCCGUUCAAUAUCACAGAUCCGUUUCAAGACGAAACAGAAGAUUCAAAUGCAAAUAAAAAGUCUGUCAGUACCGGUAAGCUCGAUCCUUUUGGCUUUGAAACUGAUACAAGGUUUUCCGGUAAGGAUUCAUUUCCAAAAGGAUUUGAUUCCGAUUUUUCAAACACAUUUCCUUUAACCAAAAAUAAACCCGAUAGCAAAAUAGUCAACAAAUUUGAUACAGAUUUUGGCAGCGCAUUUUCAGAUACUAAUAAGAAUACCAAAGCUUUCGAGGCUGAUUUUGCAAACAAUUUUGUUGAUCCAAAAUCAAAGACGAACGACAUCAAUGAUGCAUUUACAAGUAAAUUGUCUGGUGCUGAGAAGGUGAGUAAAAAGUCUGGCUUAGAUCUCGCACACACUUUGAAAGAUAAGCUAUCAUUUGGGGAUAAAAAAAAUCGUAAUAACAAAACGUGGAACGGUAACGGUGGAUCUAUUAUGUUAACCGAAGAACAACAAUUGGCAUUAGCUGCUCAGCAGAGCUUGCGAGCCGAAGAAGAAAGGCGCAGACGUAGAGAACAAGAAGAUGCAGAUUUAGCACUUGCCUUAGAACUUUCUAGACAAGAAAAAUCCGGCAAAUUUUAACUCGUAACAGCCUAUUAAAUCACUGUUUCGUUAUUUAUCAAAUUUAAGUACUGCAUUACUGAAUGUCCUUAGUUUUUGAAAAUAAAAAUCAAAGGGAAAAAAGAAUACGAAAUAGAACUUGUGCUGCUUUGUGCUCUUCGACAAAAGAAACCUUUAUGAUUUCGUUCAGUUAGUAUCCUCGAAGUUUUAUUGCAAUUUAAUAUGAACAAAGCUGUUCAAAUAUGCAAUGCGAUAUCAAAUCUCGAUAUUUUCUUUUUUAAUAAGAAAAAUACGAUAAUAUAGGAUUGAAUUUCUAUUGAUUUAUUUUCUUUCAUUUCACUCGUAUCUUUAGACGAACGGAUUUAAGAUCAAAGGUAGAUCUUUUGCAAUACGAUGACACGUUAAUAGAACUGCUGUGAUUAUUAAGUAAACAAUGGUGUAGAUUAUUCUGGCUCUGAAUUGAUGUGUGACGAGAACAAUUCAGACAUACAGACUCAUUAAAGAUGCCUUGUGAUCACGCUUUUUGAUUUGGGUUAUUUUAUUUUCAAAUUGACUAUUGAUUAGUUGAUCCGUCAGCAUUUCAUCACCGAGUACGUGAAGGAAAUUCUACCCACAUGUAUAACGUGUUAACAAUAUCGUUGUAAAAUUUCAAGGUAUUAAAUGUUGAUUUUGAAAAUCGGAAAACGAAAAAGAAACAGUUUCAAUUUGAAGGAUAUGAGAAGUCAUGACUUGCAAUAAGUUUAAAGGAAUCGAGGCAACACAUCGACUUGAAGAUGUAAUUUUUAUUAUAAAUAAGACUUUGGCGCCUAAGUAAAAACCUACCGUGCAAAUAGUAUCUGCCAGAGAGGCAGGAAAGAAAGAGUGGUAGAAAUUGAACUAAUGUUACCGAUGCCAUAUCAUUUUUGAUUAAUUUCUAACAGUGAUAGUGCGUGCGUAUUAUUUUAUGCUCUUGAAUCAUACGACACAUUAACCAAAUCUCCAAAGUUAUAUUUUUACGUUGAUCAUAAUGCCAUUCCCAAGGUAUGGACCACAAAGUGUGCAUCAGUGCAAAUUAUAGAAAAAAUAUGCAUAUAAAUAUUGAAUACAAAUUUAUCAAUAAAUUUUCGUUGCAAGCCCAAGUAUUACAAUUAUCCUAAUAUUAAGGUAAUCUUUCAUUUAUUAGUACUAUUAUUAUUAUUAUUAUUAUUAUUACUAUUACUAUUAUUAUUGUUAUGUUGAAUUCUCAAAUUCGCUAGGAAAUUUGGCCAAAUCAAAGCAAUAUAUGUUUAUAUUUCUAUUUGAACUACAUAAUAUGCAAAAUAAAAAAUAUCACUAAAGUGAGGUAAACUCACUUUUAUCAUCACGUACAGCAAGUUAUUAUCAUA